AAGGGCACAGUAGCCAAGUUCCGAUUGUAAUACCUCACACACGUUUCACUCAAGCACUGUUUUGUUCCCUGUAGCCAUAGCCCCAUACACAAGGAGUAAGUUUGCCCACAAUAUCUGUCGCACGGAUGGUUGUCCGGAUUGUACCCUUCAUAGUGCUCUCAUUGUGCCGCGCUGCAUUCUGGGGCUCCGUGUGACACCUGCCGCCCAGGUGAACGGGAGGCGGUGAAUGCCCACUGCAUCCGAGACGCUCAGGUCGGGUUUCUGCACUUUUUUCUGAAAGGAAGCGGCACCGGGGGUUUCCUCUCUCCCUCUCUCUCCAUCAUUUCUAUGCCCGGGCUUUGUUGCCUAGUGCCUCUGUGGAGCUUCACGGGACAGUGCUAUGAGGACUCUCCCUAAAAGUAAAACUUGUCAAGUCUACUGCGUCUCUGAAGAUGAACUCUCAAGCCAAACCACUACACAGGGAGAGGGGAGGUUGAAGGAGCCCAUCCAGACACCAAGCCCCCCCACAAAGCCGGAGCAGCAAAGAGCUGAGGGGGGGGCUCCAGUGUGUGCCUCUUGGAGGAGAUGGCUGUUAGGUCUUUCACUUUUCAUUCAUUCAAGUGUAGCCAUUGCACUGACACUCCACUUCUCCAGAUCUCCUCCCUCCUCAGUGUUCUUUCUCGGUGGCUGCGUGGAGUUCACAAACUUGAGUUUUUCCUCAGAGCUCGUAGACUCCACAUCUGCGCGUUUUCGCCUGCAGGCUCAGGCUCUAAGCCAUUAUUUUUCUGAACUCUAUGAGUCCACGCCGUGGAGCACUUACUAUCUGGGCUCAGGAAUCACUGCCUUCAGCGAAGGAGCAGCAGGACUUAAUGUUUUCUAUUGGAGUAAAUUUUCUGCCCCAGAAGAUGUUGCUAUUGCAAUCCGCCAAUCCAACCCAGGGAGGUUACAGCGUCGACUCCCAGGCAUCAAUAAAGUUCUGCAGGACAGUCACCACGAGCAGCGCUACUUCAUGGAGCAAGACCCAGACAUGCUUCACCUGUUGGGACUGGAUCCUGAUGACUUUGAAUCUGAAGAAAAAUCUGACAAAUUUAAGAAUCCAAACAGCAUCCAGGGUGGAAAGUGGCAGCUUGGUUUCCAGGCUAUGUCCUUCGACUUAUAUGCCAAAUAUGGGAACAACCGCACCCUGAGCCUUGUGAAUCCUAAGAAGCCCUACUAUCAGUGGCGUCUGCGUGUGCCAUCGGGACAUGUGGUCCGGCUGGUGGUUUUGACUCUUCAAGGAGCCACUCCAGGCAGCUGUAUUGCUCACAAGCUCUCUGCCUAUGACUUCUUACUUCCUUUACAAAACAAGAUCAUUGCAAGAUGGUGUGGACUACCUGUUUCUGGGUCAUCUCCGGUCAUGAAGCUCAUGUCGUCUGGAAAUGUCAUGUUGGUCACUUUCUCCUUCAGCAGACAAAGAGACGGAGCCGUCUUUAAAGCUUAUUUCCAGGCCAUUCCAAAAGCAGGUUGUGGGGGGUCAAUUUCAUCCUGGAAUGGUUCAAUUUCUUCCCCUUACUACCCAUCCUUCUAUCCUCCAAAUACAGAGUGCACCUGGACAGUACGGACCCCGAUGCCUGGAUAUCUGAUCUCCAUGACAAUUGUGAAAUUUGACAUUCAGGAUUCUUCCUCAUCGGAUGGCUGUGAGAAGGACUGGCUGGACAUUGGAGGUGUCAAACUAUGUAAUCCUAUUGUGGAGAGCACCAAGAAGCGCGUGUUCUCAUCUCCACUGUCCAUCCAGUUUUACUCAGAUGAAUCCAUCACUCACCCGGGUUUCUAUCUGAUCUACAGAGCGUUUUCCCCAGAGGGCACAUGUCCACGGCAGUUUCGCUGUGGGGAUGGGCGCUGCAUUCCACUGAGAAAAGUUUGUGAUGGAGUACGAGAUUGCGCUGAUGGACGGGAUGAAGCUAAAUGCAAUUCCUGCAGGCCCAGUGAGGUGCAGUGUGCCAAUGGACAGUGCAAGUCUCAUAGCAGUCAGUGUGUGACCCAGAGCACCUGUUCAGACAGCAGUGAGGAGGGCACAUGUGGCAGCAAGUGCUACCAUGUGUGCCCAAAUAAGCAGUGUUUACCAAAGUCUUCAUUGUGUGAUGGUGUUGUUGACUGUAAAGAUCGAAGUGAUGAACUCAACUGCACUAGAGCAUAUGUAAAAGGCUGCUCUUCAAACUCUUAUAAAUGUGCCAAUGGAAAAUGUGUGAGUAAGGUCAAUCCUGAGUGUGAUGGUGUGAAGGAUUGCUUUGAUGGAUCUGACGAACUGCGAUGUGCCUGUGGGACCAGGCCCAGAAAGCGCACCAAGAUUGUGGGAGGAUCUGACGCAGGUGCGGGCUCCUGGCCUUGGCAGGUCAGUCUGCAGAUGGAGCGAUAUGGCCAUGUGUGUGGAGCCACUCUCGUUGGCAGUCGCUGGCUUAUUUCAGCUGCCCACUGCUUUCAGGACUCAGAUGCAAUCAAAUAUUCUGAUUCUCGUGCUUGGCGGGCGUUCAUGGGAAUGCGUGUGAUGACAUCAGGAAUCAGUGGGGCAGCCAACAGACAGAUCCGUCGAAUACUCAUUCAUCCAAAAUAUGACCAGUUUACCUCAGACUAUGACAUCGCCCUGCUGGAGCUCAGCAUACCCAUCUUUUUCAAUGACCUAGUGCAGCCAGUGUGCAUCCCUGCCCCAUCACACUCCUUCACCACAGGAACCAGCUGCUACGUCACCGGCUGGGGGGUUCUCAUGGAGGACGGUGAACUGGCUUCUCGGUUACAAGAGGCUUCUGUGAAGAUAAUUAGCAGAAAUGCAUGCAAUAAGCUGUAUGAUGAUGCUGUCACUCCCAGAAUGCUUUGUGCCGGGAACUUACAGGGAGGGGUAGAUGCCUGUCAGGGAGACUCGGGGGGGCCUCUGGUGUGCCUGGAGAGGGGCCGGCGCUGGUUUCUGGCUGGAAUCGUGAGCUGGGGUGAGGGCUGUGCCAGGCAGAACCGACCUGGGGUCUACACACAGGUAGUCAAAUUCUCUGACUGGAUCCACCAGCAGACCAAAGGUCAAGUGUGAUUCAAAUGGACACAGGCUCACACCAAAGUGGAGCGUUCUCCAAACAGAUGGAUGAAUGAUGGACAUUCACCACCCACUGACCUCCAGUCAAACUGAAGCAGGGCUCAAAACAAAGAUGUGUAUCAA